AUGGAACCAACAAUUAUUGCUAAUCAAAAAGAAAACACUGAUAAAGUAUUCCUCGUUUCAGGUACAUCAACUGGAUUAGGUUUAUCAAUUGUUAAGAAAUUAUUAGACAAUAAAUUUAAAGUUUCAGCAUUUACAAGAUCAAAAUCAACAGUUGAAAAUGAAAUUAAAAAAUAUUAUGAAACAGAGAAUAAGAUUGAUUUAUUUAAAUCAUUAUUAGUUGUUCAAGUUGAUAUUACAAAUGAAGAGAGUGUAGAAGAGGGUGUUAAAGAGACCAUUAAAACAUUUGGCCAUAUUGAUGUUGUGAUUAAUAAUGCAGGCUAUUCACAAUUGGGUAAUGUUGAAGAGACGAGUGAUAAAGAGGCAAGAGCAAUUUUCGACGUUAAUUACUUCGCAGUGUUGAAUAUCGUUAGAUCGACAAUACCACAUUUAAGAAAACAAAGAUCAGGUUUGAUAUUAAACGUUUCUAGUAUUUUAGGACACAGACCUAGAGGUAAGACAUCGUCCUAUUCAGCCAGCAAAUACGCUGUCACCGGCUUGACAUUGUCACUCAACAAAGAGUUGGCACCGUUUAAUGUCAAAGUACUAUUAUUAUCUCCAGGUGGUUUCAGACCUGAUAUUACAAAUAAAGAGAAAUUCAAAGUCAUUGAAAAUCCAAUCGACGAAUAUCAUCCAUUAUCAAGCAUUGAUAAUUCAUUGAAAGAUUUCCUUAAAUUAGCUGAAACUACUAGAGGUUCACAUGAUAAAUUUGCAAAUGCAAUCGUAAAAAUUUUUGAACUUUAUCAACAAGAUAAACCAUUACCAACUAAUAUUUUCUUUGGUUAUGAUGCUAUUCAAGAUUCAAAACUUCAUUUCAAUUCAUUAUUAGAUGAUAUUAAUCAAUGGAAUGAAAUUAGUAUUUCAACUGAUCUUUAA